AUGCUUAGUCCCCUCCAGCCCAGCGACUCGGCCGCAAACCGCGGCCCGAGAUUAAAUACUCGAAAGCGUGACCGAGAGCCAGAGGACAUGUCCUCACCGGGUCAAUUACCUCCUUCUAGCCCUGCUGCUUUGGCGUCAUCACCUCCACCUAUGCCCCCCUUUGAUGAUGCCGAGGAUGAUGACGAGGAAGAGAUUGAGAUGAUCCCUGACAUUGACGACGUGGAUGAGUUGGCUGAGGAUGAAGAUGGCAUCGAUUUGUUCGGCGAUAAUUAUGAACGGGAUUACCGCGCCGCGGAGGACGAUCACUACGUCAACGAGGCAUACAUUGAUGAUGACGGAGAGCAUGAGGAAUUGGACGCCUCAGCCCGUCGGGCUUUGGAUGCUCGGCUGAACAAGAGAGAUCGUGAAUUGGCUCGCCGACGCCGCAUGCCCGCCGCUUUCCUUCAGGAUGAUGAUGAUAUGGAUCUGGACUUGUCACGCCAACCCCGUCGUCGUCGCCAUCACUACGACGAAGACCGAGAGGACAUCGACAUGGCCGACGAGGGUAUGGAGGAGCUGUCUCUGGAGGAACUGGCUGAUGUCAAGGCCUCGAACAUCACAGAUUGGGUCACCCAGCCCCAAGUCCUCCGAUCCAUUUACCGAGAGUUCAAGGCAUUCCUCACAGAGUUCAUCGAUCCUUCGGGACAAUCCGUCUACGGCAACCGGAUCAAGACUCUUGGUGAAGUCAACUCUGCUUCGCUCGAGGUAUCCUACGCGCACCUGAGUGAGACCAAAGCCGCCCUAUCGUACUUCCUCGCCAACGAGCCCACCGAAGUCCUCAAAGUCUUCGACCAAGUAGCUCUCGACGUCACUUUGUUCCACUAUCCCCAAUACCACGACAUUCACAACGAGAUUCAUGUGCGGAUUACCGACGUGCCCAUCAUUUACACCCUGCGGCAACUGCGCCAGUCUCACCUGAACUGCUUGGUUCGCGUCAGUGGCGUGGUCACUCGCCGCACUGGCGUCUUCCCGCAACUGAACUUCAUCAUGUUCCUUUGCCAGAAGUGUGGUAUUACAUUGGGACCUUUCCAACAGGAGGCCAACACCGAGGUCAAGAUCUCAUUCUGUCAAAAUUGCCAGUCUCGUGGCCCGUUCACUGUCAACUCUGAGAAGACCGUUUACCGCAACUACCAGAAAUUGACCCUCCAGGAGUCUCCGGGCUCCGUGCCGGCUGGGCGUCUCCCUCGCCAGCGUGAGGUUGUUCUCUUGGCUGAUUUGAUCGACUCCGCCAAGCCCGGUGACGAGGUGGAAGUCACUGGCAUUUACCGCAACAGUUACGAUGCGCAGCUGAACAACAAGAACGGAUUCCCCGUGUUUGCUACCGUCAUUGAGGCUAACCAUGUCGUCAAGUCCCAUGACCAGCUGGCGGGCUUCAAUCUCACGGAAGAAGACGAACGUGAAAUUCGUGCGCUCUCGCGGGAUCCUGAGAUCGUGGAUAAAAUUGUUCGCUCGAUUGCACCCAGUAUCUAUGGUCACCAGGAUGUCAAGACUGCGGUUGCUCUUUCUCUUUUCGGGGGUGUCAGUAAACAGGCCCAAGGCAAGAUGUCCAUUCGAGGUGACAUUAAUGUUCUGCUCCUUGGAGAUCCAGGUACCGCCAAGUCCCAGGUGCUCAAGUACGUCGAGAAAUCUGCCCAUCGUGCUGUCUUUGCCACUGGUCAAGGUGCUAGCGCUGUCGGUUUGACUGCGAGUGUUCGCCGUGAUCCUCUGACCAGUGAAUGGACCCUCGAGGGCGGUGCAUUGGUGUUGGCCGAUCGUGGAACUUGUCUGAUCGACGAAUUCGACAAGAUGAAUGAUCAGGAUCGAACAUCGAUUCACGAAGCUAUGGAACAACAGACAAUCUCUAUCUCCAAAGCCGGUAUUGUUACCACGCUGCAGGCUCGCUGUGCGGUCGUCGCUGCUGCAAACCCCAUUGGAGGUCGCUACAACAGCACCAAGUCUUUCUCCGAGAACGUUGAGUUGACCGACCCCAUCUUGUCUCGUUUUGACAUCCUGUGCGUGGUCCGUGAUCUCGUCGAGCCCGCCGAAGAUGAACGCUUGGCAAACUUUGUGGUUGAGUCACACCACCGUGCCAACCCAGCCAAGCCUCUUCGUAACGACCAGGGUGAUUUGGUUGAUACGUACGGACACCUCAUCGAUGCCGAGGGCUACCGGAUUGACCGAGAUGGUCGUCGUCUGCCACCCACCCAGGAAGAGCUUGAGCGACGGGCGGCUGAGCAGAAGCAGGCUGAUGAAGAGAAGGAGGGCGAGAUCCCCCAGGAAUUGCUCCGAAAGUACAUCCUGUAUGCCCGGGAGCGAUGCCACCCCAAGCUGUAUCAGAUCGAUCAAGACAAGGUCGCUCGUCUGUUUGCAGACAUGCGCCGUGAGUCCUUGGCUACUGGUGCUUAUCCAAUUACCGUCCGUCAUCUGGAAGCCAUCAUGCGUAUUGCCGAGGCUUUCUGCAAGAUGCGUCUUUCUGAAUAUUGUUCCUCUCAAGACAUUGACCGUGCGAUUGCGGUCACGGUUGAGUCCUUCAUUGGCAGCCAAAAAGUUAGCUGCAAGAAGGCAUUGUCGCGCGCAUUUGCCAAAUACACCCUCGCUCGGCCCAAGCCGCAAUCUAAGCGCCGUGCAGGACUCGCUGUGCCGAACCCACACUUGCCUCGCUCCUCGCCUGGGGUUCACUAG